AUGGUAGAACAUUUCUGUGAAAAAAUGACCGAAAAAGAUGCAUCAAAAUUUCCCAUUCAUAACUACUCAGGUUUCAUGGAUGGAUUGAAAGAACAGCUAGGUCGAGACAAGUAUGUGUCUUGUACAAUUGGACCUUCCUUAAAAGUUUAUGUGAUAUCACAAUGCAUGGAAGAUCUUUCUGAUAAAGAAUGCAGAGUAUGCUUCUCUCAAAUUAUCAACGUCUUGGCCAAUUGCUUUCCAGCUUCCAGCGCUCGUGUUUAUCUUGAUGGAUGUUUCAUGAGGCUGGAGAAUUACAGUUUCCAUGAAGAAUCUAUCGGGUCUAUUGAUGUCACGAAAUGCGGCCAGGAUACGGAACCUGAGAAGGUAUUCAAAGAGCUAGUUGAAGAGGUGAUAAAAAAUAUCGUCGAGAAAGCGCCGAUGGAUGAGAGAGGGUUUGCAGUGUUCAAGGAGACUAGAAAUGGCAUAUCCGCAUACGGUAUGGCGACUUGUUGGAGAAACCUGGACAAAGAUAUGUGUUCAGAAUGCUUAAACGAGGCAGCUUCAAGUACAACAUCUUGCUUGCCAUCAGUGGAGGGCCGUGUGCUCAAUGCCGGCUGCUUUUUGCGUUAUUCUCAUUAUCAAUUUGCCAAUAAUAUGCAAUUCAGUAAAAACGAAAGCCAUGCUCAAAUAUGGUUGUACAUUACAUAUGCUAUUUCUGCGGUUAUAAUAUGCAUAAUGGCAAUUGGCCUGGGAUUCUUUGUGGGUAAAGUUACUUACAGAAAGAUGGUUUUCAGGAAAAUGCAAAAAGAGUCGGAGAUGGACUUAUCAGCAUUACAUAAGAGCUUGCAGUUCUUGCAGUUCAAGUACUCAACACUAGAGAGAGCAACAGACUCCUUCAGUGAAUCUAAAAAGCUCGGUCGUGGAGGAUUCGGAGAAAUAUUUAAGGGAACCUUGGCAGAUGGUAGAGAAAUAGCAAUAAAACGUUUACUAUUAAACAGAAAGAAUCAAAUUAAGGCGAUUUGCAAUGAAAUGGAUAUCAUGAGUCGAGCUCACCAUAAGAACUUGGUUCGUUUUCUCGGUUGCUGUUUCACAAAAGCAGACAGCUACGUUGUCUCUGAAUACGUUGCAAACAAAAGCCUCGACCGAAUUUUGUUUGACCCUGAGGAGAAGAAGGAACUAGAUUGGAAGAAAAGGCUUGCAAUAAUCAUUGGAACGGCUGAAGGUUUAGAAUAUCUUCACCGCUCUGACGUCCAGAUUAUUCAUCGCGAUAUUAAAGCAAGUAAUAUUUUGUUAGACUUGAAACACAGACCAAAAAUAGCGGAUUUUGGGCUCGCCAGGUUUUGCUCAAGCGAGAAAUCCCAUUCGCUCAGCACCCCCAUUGCCGGCACAUUAGGGUACAUGGCUCCUGAAUAUAUCGUGAACGGACGAUUAACUGAGAAAGUAGACGUGUACAGUUUUGGAGUUCUUGUACUUGAAAUCGUUAGUGGAGUACAGAAUAAUAAAUUUCAGUCAGAGAAUUGUUUCGAAACUGUAGUUACUAACACAUGGAAGCAUUUCCAGGCAAACACAGAAUCAGAAAUAAUAGACAAAAGCAUGAAGAAUAUGGAAGAAUACAGAGAUGAAAUAGAAAGAGUUGUUUGGGUAGGUUUAUUGUGCACACAAGAGUCACUGGUUCGUCGUCCAACAAUGACAAGCAUCAUUCAAAUGCUUAAACAAAAGGAUACUCCAUUGCCGCUUCCAUCGAGGCCUCCAUUUAUGGACGAAUGGAUGGAGUUAAUGUCACCUUCGGCAGGCUUGGCCUCUCGCCGCCAAUCCUUACAAAAAUCUUCAUAG